GGGGGAACAGUCUGGAAGAAUCUCUGUCCUAUCUUCUUGAUGCCUUUUAAUAGCGUCAGGUAUCGGUGUCUAGAGAUAGAUGCUUCCAGAAUGCAUAGGCAAAAAAAGUUAUUUCCGGGACCGAUCACGAGUUACGAGAGAAGUUAUUUCCUCUGCUGAAUUAUGUGAUCGACGGCAAGAAAUCUCCUACCGUUGAACAAUGUGAGAUAGCUCUUUCCGGUGUACAAUUCGCAUUCCUGACUAAGCUAACUGGAAACGAAAACUGGACCUCCCGUCAUGAAUUCAGUUGCCAAAGUGAUUGCGAAUUUGUAGAACGUGUAUGAAUUUCUUCCACAUCUGUAUAGGUGGAAACAAUAUAAAAUAAAGUUAAAAAUACACAAUCUUUACAACAAAAAAUUGCUCAUUAUUGUGCCUCAGCUGUGCUUAUCAGAUCCAAUAGAAGCGAGAUGUGUUUUAUCAACCAACGUGCCUCUCACACACUGCAAUAGACAUUGUUUGGUAGUGUUAUCAACGCCAUAGCAAAAAAGAAAAGAAACAACGUGCGAUAACCCUCCAGUUUGUAGCGUAGUCGUUGGACGGUAAAGAACGUCGGAAGUGUUUCCCACCGGAAGUGAUUUGCUGAGCAGGGAGAGCCAGCUGCACACUCGAAAUGGCCAACUUUGAGUGGAUCAAUAGUGACCUGCUGACGGGGUUACUUGUAGAACAGCAUGGAACCAGCUUCAGACGGCUUGUCUCGUAUGAAGUGGCUUAUGCCACGAAAAAGGGAGAUAAUUACGCGAGUGAAAUGUACCGAGUGGCGCUACACUACGACAUCGGUAUGGAUGUGAAGAAGAACAUCAUUCUUAAGGUUAUGCCGUCCGGAGAGCUUCAGCAACAAGUGAUGCAGGAAAACAACAUCUACCAACGAGAGAUCGUGAUCUAUGGUCAGAUAAUGGCCAACAUCUACAAGUAUCUGCGAUCGUUUGGCGAUGAUUCGAUCAUAUCACCGGUUUGUUUGACCACCACCAACACUCCCAAGCAGAUGCUCGUGUUUGAAGAUGCGCUUGAUCAGGGAUUCAAAAUGGUUGAUCGUCGCGCUGGGCUAGACUUGGAUCAUGCACGGUUGGUAAUAGUAAAGCUCGCCAAACUGCACGCCUGCUCGCGGAUCGUAUACGAAGAGGAUCCCGCACUGUUUGACCUCACGCUGGAAGGAUGCAUAUCAGAUGAUCCCAAGAAGCAAACGUUCCUUCCCUACUAUCGCCAUUGCGUCCGUCAGGUGAUGCGCUUGGUGGGGCAGUGGAACAAAAAUGGACGAUGGGACCAGAUAUUGCGAAAGCUGGAAAAACUUCAGCACAAGAUCAUCCCGUACGGGUGUGACGUUUAUCGGCGUCGGGAUGAUUGCUUUAACGUGCUCAAUCACAACGACAUAUGGGUUAACAACAUGCUGUUCUCGUACGGCAAAGGAACGGGCGUGAAGGAUGUGUUACUGCUCGAUUAUCAGCUGUCAUUUUUUGGAUCACCCGGGGUGGAUCUUAAUUUCUUCCUGUACGGUUCACUACGCCCCGAAGUUCGUGCGGCACACUUACCGGAUUUGGUGCAGCUGUAUCAUGCCACGCUUCGCACUACCCUGGAGCGGGUGCAGUACGGCGGAACAAUUCCAACCCUGCCAGACAUCCACGUGGAGAUCAUUCGCAAAGGGUUCCACCGUGUAAACGCCGUCUUCCAACAGAUGCCGAUCGCGAUGAUGGAACGUUCGGAAGGCGUAGACAUGGACCUUCUCCUCGGGGAAGGUGAACGAAGUGAGGCCUGUCGUUGAGAGAUCUUCGAUAAUCCACGUUACGUCAGCAUUUUGCCGGCACUACUGCAAGAGUUUGAUCUAGGUGGUUACUUGGAUUAAUCAUCGCUUAACGAGGAUCGUGUGACGUUUGACAGGUGGAAAGUAAGGUCCGCCAACAGCAAGAGAUAGCUUUCACCGUGCGCGGGCUGCCUAGCUAGCCGGUGACGUUAACUUGGAGGACUGUUAAGAUAAUAGAGACAUUAAAUAUUUAGAAACAAACCACA